CAGAGGAGGGGCGCACAGGCCUGGGGGCUUCUACUCCUGUCCUUGACCCUGCCCACCGGGCUGCGCAGCCCCUGGUGCCUCCGGCCCUGCGGCAGCUGGCCUGGCCAGGGGAGCCCACGCACUGAGUGUGAUCCUGGUUAAAAGAGAAAGGGAAAAGGAUCCUGUCAUUUCCCAGGACACAGAACAGCUGAAACCUGAUACUCUUGUCAAGGGAGCCCUUUCACUGAGAGAGGCAGAGAGAAAAGGGGGGGUAAGGGAGAGAAAGAAAAAGAAGGAAGGAAGGUGUGUGAGAGGCCAUUCGGAUCGGGCGCAGGAAGCCCCGAGCACAGCUGAACUGGCCAAUGCUUACUGCAGAUGGACUUCGCAGCAGCCACCUGGAACACAUUCUCCACUUAAUUCCCACAGUGGACCCUAUGCAGCAUCCCAAUGCUGGUGGGUGUCCCUCCCGGGCGGCCGGCCCUGCUAUCCCUGCUGUGGGCAGUGGCGAUGUCGUCUUCCUGCUUGGGCAUACCUAUAGAUGAGGAACGGAACCAGCUGCUAAUGAGAGAGAAGAUGAUGCAGCUAGGGGGGCAGCUGGUGCUGAAGAAAGAAGAAGAGCUGGCCAAUACGAAGCUAAUGACCCUCAAAAAGGCAGAGCUGACGCAGGCCAUGAAGACCCAGAAUUUCCCACCCAGUAUGCACUUUUUCCAGGCCAAGAGUCUCAUUGAGAAAAGUGAGGUGUUUAAUAUCCUGAAGAAGAUGCCAAAAGGGGCUGCCUUACACCUCCAUGACUUCGGCAUCCUGAGUAUGGACUGGCUGGUGAAAAAUGCCACAUACAGGCCGCACUGCCACUUCUGUUUCACUCCACGCGGGGCCAUGCAGUUCAAAUUUGCUUACCCGACUCCUCCCACCCCUGCGCCAACAGAGUGUUCAGAGUGGAUUCUGCUAGAGAAAUAUCGGAAGAUGCUGCAAAAUGUCACUGAAUUUGAUAACAGCCUGCUGAGAAAUUUUACUAUGAUGACAGAAAACCCUGAUGUGGCUUAUGCAAACCAAAAUGUGGUCUGGUCUAAGUUUGAAGCCAUCUUUUUCACCAUCGCGGGCCUCGUCCACUAUGCACCGGUGUUCAGAGACUACAUCUUCCAGGGCCUGCAGGAGUUCUAUGAGGACAACGUGCUGUACCUGGAGCUCAGAGCCAUGUUGUUCCCGGUGUACGAACUGAACGGGACGUACCAUGACCGAGAGUGGUCGGUGAGGACCUACAAGGAGGUGGCUUCCAUGUUUAUGAAAAAGCAUCCUGAGUUUAUUGGAAUCAAAAUCAUUUAUUCAGAGCACAGAUUCAAAAAUGUGUCCUUCAUCAUGGAAUCUGUGCAAGCAGCCUUGGAGCUUCGAACUAUGUUCCCCAGGACAGUGGCAGGGUUUGACCUGGUGGGACGCGAGGACACUGGCUACUCCCUCUACGCCUACAAGGAGGCUUUGUUGAUUCCGGUUUCCCGUGGCGUGAAACUGCCUUACUUUUUCCAUGCUGGAGAGACAGGCUGGUCUGUGAAUCAGAUUCAGUCUAUUGAAGACCACCACCCUUUAUCCCCAGACUGGCAGGGCACUUCCAUAGACAGAAACCUUCUGGAUGCCCUCAUACUGAACUCUACCAGGAUUGGGCAUGGAUUUGCUUUGAGUAAACACCCAGCAGUCUGGGCUGAAACCUGGAAGAAGGACAUUCCCAUAGAAGUCUGUCCUAUCUCCAACCAGGUUCUAAAACUGGUGUCAGACUUGAGAAACCACCCUGCAGCUGUUCUGAUGGCCACUGGCUACCCCAUGGUGGUCAGCUCUGAUGACCCUGCUGUCUUUGGUGCCAAAGGCUUGUCCUAUGACUUCUAUGAAGCCUUCAUGGGCAUUGGGGGGAUGACAGCCGAUCUGAGGACACUCAAGCAACUGGCCAUGAACUCUAUCAAGUACAGUGCCCUGCUGCAGGGUGAAAAGAAGGCUGCCAUGGAAGCCUGGGAGGAGAGAUGGGAUAAGUUUGUAGCUGACGUGGCCAGGAGUCCACAACAUCUCCAUGCAAGGAGGCGGGGGGACCAUGUUCCCCACCCCCACUGAAUGAUGGGCAGAGCUGAGCGGCCUGGUGAAGCUACAUGACAUGGAAGGCAGGUGGGCUCUGGGGAAGAAGAAGGAGAAAAGAGAGGAAGGUUCCUGCUUCUGUGGCCCAACUUGCACCCUGGUACUGCUGGGAAGGAGACAUGGAAGGAGACAUGCGGAAGAGAGACACAGAGAGGCACUUGAAAGAGACACUUGGGGGGCCUUCCUGGUGGCACAGGGGUCAAAUCUCAGUGCUAUCGCGCUAUGACCACUGCAGCCUGAUUUGGAUCCCUGGCCAGGGAGGUGACCACAUGGCGCAGCAGACCUCUCCUGACUCGCCCGCUGCUUCCCUCAGCGGUGGAUUUCAGUAGAUCUGCCUGUUCUGCUCCCCACUCUGUCCAUGAAUUCUCUCAUCAGGAGAUUAGCGCUGAUAAGACAUUACCUCCCCAGUUCUUCUAUGCAUAAAUAAAUAAAUAAAGCUUAAAAAAAAAAAGACACAAGGAGAGGCUGACAUUGGCAGCCACUUCCUUGACUGGUACUUUGAUUUUGCUCCUUAUGUCCCAGCUUUCUGGGACCUGCUUCAGAACCCCUUUGCUGUGGUUCCCUGCCAGAACGUGCCUUAGAGUUGUGGCAAGCUUUGCAGGUUUCAGUGGCCUCACUUCAGGCUGACUCUGUUUGACUGGACGCUUAGCCACAGGGGAGGGGUAAUUUGGGUUUUUUUAUUGGGACACUGAUAUCCUGUCUUCUCUCCCCUCUCUAUGCAUGUUAAUUCUAUUAAAGUUCUU